AGGCAUUAGUACACAACAUCAAAGACACAGAACGUUUCGGCGUGCAGAACGUGUGAAUGAGCAAACGAGAAACGCAUUCAACUCACCCAGACGCGAUUCCGCUGACUGAAGCUGAUGUAUCGUCUGAAUCGGGCUUAAAUCUUACAUUAUUUUGAAUUUGUAAUUAUUUUAGUCUUUUGCGUUGCUACAGCUACUGUAAUAUUUGUAAAUAUCACAAUAUGGUGCGUGCUUGGUUUAUGGAUAACGAAACAACGGAUCAGCGACUUGAACAUCAUCUGAACCCACCGGAAUUUCUAAAUCUUAAUGAAUUAUUCAAUAACACUGGCGUUGAACAUUUUAAGAUAAACAUCGCAACAUUCCAAACUGAUGGAGUACUAGAGAAAAUUCGUAAGGAUCGGGGGUACAGUUACGAAGAUGAAAUAAUUUGCUCCAAGGAGUGCUUGCAGGACUAUGAGAACAAACUGAAGAGCUUUUUCACCGAGCACCUUCAUACGGAUGAGGAAAUUCGUCUAGUCAUUGAUGGUUCUGGAUAUUUUGACGUGCGCAAUGGCAAAGACGACAGAUGGAUCAGAGUUGAGGUCAUUUCCGGUGAUAUGAUAGUGAUUCCCAGCGGUAUCUAUCACAGGUUCACAUUGGAUGGCAAGAACUACAUUCGUGCCAAGCGGUAUUUCGUAGGAGAACCUGUUUGGAUGCCAUAUAAUCGUCCAUCUGAUGAUUUACAGUGUCGCAAGGAUUAUUUAAAGAAACUAGAAACUGGGUUUGCAGCGGUUUAAACACGCACGAUCAAUCAUUAUAAAAACGAACUCUAUUUUUUCUAGAAAAAGUUUCUAAAUAAAAUAAAAAGAAUCAUUCCUUUCAAUAUAUUUUUUUUGCAGAUGCAACGACAUUAAUUGUUAAUUUACAGUAUACUGAAGUUUUGUUAUGAAUCUAUUG